UUGUUUUUUUGUACAGGCGCGAAACAGGACAGUCGCGUGCCGGUUAAGGACCCCACUCUUUAAAGUCGAGAUGGCGGCGGCCGUGGCGGACGCCGGCGAGUUUGAAAGUUGGCUAAAUGAGCGCCUGGACACGCUGGAAGCAGACCGGGAGGUGUACGGUUCUUACAUUCUGGGGGUGCUGCAAGAGGAGGAAAGUGACGAGGAUAAAUGGGACGCGCUUCAAGGGAUUUUAUCCGCAUUUCUGGGUGACGACACCUUGGAGGAGGUCUGCAAACAAAUCAUCGACCAGUGGGCGGACUGCUGCAGCCGCUCAGCAAACAAGAGGGACGCUGGAGACGUUGAGGUCCAAGCCAUCGCCAGCAUGAUGGAGAAACAAGCCCAGAUUGUAGUGAGACAGAAAGAAGUGACAGAGGAGUCCAAAAAGAGGAAAGAGGCCCUCCUGGCGCAGUACGCCAACGUGACUGACGGAGAGGAUGAAGGGGAGGACGAGGAGUCUCCAAAAGCCAUCGCCGGACUAGAGAAGUCCAUGUUCAAGAACACCAACGCGGUGGAGGUCCUGAACAGGCAAAAGCAGAAGCGGGAUCAGGCCCGCGAAGACUCUCAGAAGAAGAAGGAAAUGGACAAGAUGCAGAGGGAAAAGGACAAGCUGGCCAAACAGGACAGGAAGGAGAAAGAGAAGAAGCGCACACAGAAGGGCGAACGCAAAAGAUAAAGCAAGGGAAAGGACAUUUGCGCGUACGUGGAAAAGGGUCGGCAAGACGAGAAACACUUGGGAUGACGUACUUUCUGAGAUAAUUAGACACUAUUGCCUUUUGUAUGAUUAAGACAUUUUUUGACUAAUAUUACAACAAACAAAUGAAAAAUGGUGUUCCACGUCUUUUUCAAGUAAUAAAAUAUUUGGAGCAAU